GAAUUAUUCUAUGAAGUCUCUUUAGUGUUGCUCAAUUUCAAUCAAAUGCAAAUAACUUUAAAUAAAAGAAUAUUUUUUAAUAAUUUUUUCUCGUCUCCUAUUUUUGCUGCUAGAUGCCGCACUCUAGACGGUACCGUUCCUCAGAGCGAAGCAGUCGGGGCAGUUACCGCGAGCGUUAUAGAAGCCGGAAACAUAGGAGGAGGAGAAGCAGGUCGCGUACAAGCAGCAGUGACAGGGGCCGCAAUCGGCGGCAUCGACAUGGCGACAGUUACCAUGAGCGUUCACGCAGGUAAUGUUGUGGCAAGCUGACAAACGUGCUGUGAUAAAGAAAGAUUAAGCCAUAACCAUUGAUCGAAGAAAGAGGACUGCCAGCUUUAAUAAUUUGUAGGAAAAAAAGGUUGGCCUGUAAAACGGUUUAUAAACCAGUAUGGGUUUCUGUCAGAUUAUAUAUAUUUUUUUAUAUUUAUGUAACUGAACUAGUUCUCAGAGUCAUGGACUGGCCAAUAGUAAUGGAUAUUGCAUAGGCUAGUUCUUGAAACUGGUGGUAUAUUUUUGUAGGCAUUUAUACACUUUCAACAUAUUCUGUAGUGCCCUAAAACUUUGGGUAACAAAACUGCUUGCAUCCUCAAUUCGAUUUGUGUAUAGCCCAGUAAAAGUUUCUAUCUCUGUUUGGCAGCUUGGGAGACACUAGUCUGCACCACUGCCAAGUGUAUCGCUCCUGCAAGGCCUUGCUUUUUAGAGUAUUGCAGAUGGAAAUACUUCAAUACUACCGAUUGCUGGAUGUACUUGGUAUGCACCCAGCAGAGGUACAGGCUAGAUCUGCUAAAUACCACUGUGAAUAGAUAUGUCCCCCUAUAUGGCUUGUGCUAAAAAGGGAGGAGGGAUUAACCUUACAUUUAAAAUAAUUGGAAAAAAAUUAUUAAACUGUUCACUAUCCAAUCCUACCCCACAAAUUCACAAACUACACCCCCCACCACCUUAAAUUAUUUUUUUCUGUUUCUUUCUAAAUUACAAAUUACCAGUAAAAUGUAGUGUGCAUCUUCUUGGGUUUCAAAUGAUACGGUAUUAUAAAUGUUGCCGAGAAACAAGUUUGAACAUAACCGUUUAGAGGACAUGUUUGCACAGUUUAUACAGGAUGGCCUAGAAGUCCAUACCCAUCCAGCACACAGAUACACUGGAUACAUAAGAUAUAUGGAUGGGUAGGGACUUAUGGGCCACCCUGUAUAUAUUUCUGGCUCUGCAAUUCCUCCUCCUCCUCAUGAUGGUAUGUGCUCAGUCUAGCUUUUCUUCCUCAGUUACGACGAAAGAUCCUCAGACAGACGAACAUACGACAGGCGUUAUUGUGACACACAUCGGCGAAAUGAAUACAGCAGGGAUAAAGGAGAUGUUUAUUAUGACACAGAAUACCGCCACUCUUAUGACUAUCGACGCUCCCGUGAGGACAGCUACAGGAGCUGUAAAAGUAGUAGGCGCAAACAGAAACGGAGGAAGCGCAGAACCAGGUCUUAUAGUCGGUCCUCAUCGGUGAGUCUCUACCCGGCAUUAAUUUAUUCCCCACUUCCCUUUACUUUUUUCCCUCUGAAGGUUUUGGAAGAUUUGGUAAGUAAAUAUUCCUUCCCCAUUUGUUUCUGUCUCUGCUGUGUGAAUUAAUUGAGCUAACUUGGUAAUAUGUGAAUGCAGUGCAUUUGUGUGAAGAGACUUUAGGGUUUACUUGAGGGGGAACUUUUACAUUUGUCAUUUUCUAUUUAUAUUUAAGUCAUUCCCUCACUAGGUGUGAUUGUUAAAGUCUGUAUAGUCAUAGAAAAGGUAGUUGGCAUUUUGUUCCCUUUCAAACUGGUCAGUUAAAGUAAACUGCAGUCUUGGUCAGGCUUCAGUUUUUCAGCUCUUAUUUUGUCUCCCCCCUCUAAUUCCCACUGAGGGGGCAAUGGCAUAUUAAACCCUGAGGUGCACCUCCCUCCCCCUACUUAUAGGUAAUUUCUUUUAAGCUAAUUGCAAGGUUUAUUCCUGUAGUUUGGGGCAGUAGAGAAAUUGCCCAAAGACCUUUAGAUAGUGUCCAGAUCCUGCAUAUUUUAGUGAGUAGCUGUGUUCUAUUUAGGCUUGCUAACUUUGCAGACUUCUUCUCUAGUAUACACUUUUUGGGUUGUUGUUUCUCAUGCUCACAUUAAAACUCUGUAAGUAAUAGCUUGUGUUGUCUGUUGAGGGUGAUGAACAGUGUUAAUGAUUGCUGCUGCUCUAGGUUUGAGACUGAGGUGAAGAUGAUGUUGGAAGUGGUAAUUAUGAGUGGGCUCAAUGUCAGUACUGCAGGGCUGGACAAAUUGCUCCCAAAAUUGUAAUAACUCUCUCAAUUAGAAUGGCCGGAGUUCUUCCCUGUCCGCUAACAAUGCAAUUUCUCCAAUCCUGUCAUAUUGCGUUGUAUGUGGGUGUUAACCAAAUGGUAACCGUCUGUGCUGUUAACUCCUGUACUCAAGACUGAAGAUGGUAAUUUGGGGGAUCACAGUGAAUGUUUCUCAAGCCUUGUUCUCAUAAUAUGAAGACUGUACUUUUCUUCUGAUUUUUGUUAAAGUUUUAUUUCUUAUAUUUUUUGUCCUGUUUUUCCUUCUAUAACAAAGAUGAAAACAAAAAUACAAAGCAGAAUUGUUUCUUUUUUUUUCUUUUUUUUUUCUUUACUUUUUAUUUCUGAGUUAGUGUAUUUGUAUCUUGACCUGUUCCCUUGCAAUAUCCCUAUCGUUAUAUAUUCCUAUGUGCCGUAUGAAUUGGCUGGGAAUCUACUGCACCCCUCCUACCUCAAACAACAUCAAUGUGAAUUUCCAAACCAACCAACCAAUGUGACGCUGGUUUGAAAAUCUGAUUGGCUGGUGAAUGGUGAUGUUUUGGCGGGAAUGACGGGCCCCGUACCAACAGCGAAGUCGCCAGAGCAGCAGGCGCGCAAAGAGUGUGGAAGACGACGUAGAGGGUCACCUGAUCUAUCGCACCGGCGACUGGAUACAAGAAAGAUGUACAGCCAAAUCGUAACAUAAUUUAGCUCUCUAGUUGUAAGACCCCCCUCCCCAGAGACGCUGCAGACCUGUCUGUCUUUAUUUUUAUUUGUUUUAUUUUUUUAACAUAUAAUUUUAAACCAAAGAGAAACAAACAAGUACCCUUUCAUUCUCCUCUUCCUCCUGUUAAUUCUUCUAUAAGCUGCCAUGUACAUAGUUUUUUUUUGUAUUGCUAGCUGGAGGUGAGGGAUUAAGUAUAAAGCGAUCCUGUUUUAGGGAUUGACGAUGUCACAGCCCUGGCGAAUGUAUCUGCAGCCGCCAGCAGUCUCAGGUCUCUCUCUUUAAUUUCGUCCUCUGCUUCCCCUCACAGAUGAGAUUGUGAACACAUUGGGUGAAGGCACAUUUGGCCGAGUGGUCCAGUGCAUAGAUCACAGGAGGUAAGUGUGCUUGAGGAAGCUAUUAAUUUAGUGGCUGAUUUUUGAAGACUUGGUAUACUACUGCUGCAUGUGUUUACUUUCUGCCUGUUUUCCGAAUACACCUUUCAACAAGUCCUAAAUAUGAAAUCUUUGGGUUACACAAAUGUCAACAUUUUUAGUCACGAAAGAGAGAGGGUAGCCGAGCACUAAGAGUAGAAUUUAAAAGCAGAAUUUAAUUGGAAUGAUCACAUUAGAUAAAUUUGACAAAUGAGGCUUUAACGUUAUCUCGUGUGUUCUAAUUAAAGUCUGCAUUUAACCCUUCUUGGAGUGUUUGGAUCCUUCAUACUCUGGAUACAAUUGAAGAGGCUGGACACCUCUGAUCUAAGAUUGCACUGGUGUGCAGUCCCUAUACUUGUGGAAUAAACCUUUUUAUUUACAUAUCAUUAUCAGUUAUGCACAUCUCACAGGCUAUUGCAAAACAAGUUCAUGUUCUUGGCUGACCAGUGCUUUGUUUCGGCUGAUAGUGGAGCAGGCAGCACUCAUUGCUGCACAUCAGACCAGCCCUUUUCGUCAUAGUGCUUUGCAGGCAUGGCAUCCCAGAACCAUUGACACAGAAUAAGAUUGCUCCUGCUAGCACCAUGAUUUCUAAAGUGUGCUGCAGUAGUUGUGGUGCUGAGUGCCGCUUAAGCAGCUGUCUUCCUUUUUCCUUAGGCUUUCUUACACAACUCACUCUCUCGCUAGUUAUCGCAAUGAGUCUCAUUGUAGGUUAUCCUGUGCUCAGCACCCAAUCUUGCCGUGUAUCUGCACCAUGCAACCCAAUAGAUCAGAACAUAAAUUGGAAUGUUGUAGUUUGAUACCAUGUUUCAAUUGUAAUUCCGUUCUAGGGGCGGAGCCAGAGUAGCUUUGAAAAUCAUUAAAAACGUGGAGAAAUAUAAAGAGGCAGCACGUCUGGAGAUCAACGUUCUGGAGAAAAUCAAUGAAAAGGACCCAGAGAAUAAACAGUAAGGAUAUGUGAGAGAGAUGUUAAAGUGAGAAAGAGAGGCGUUUUUAUAGAGCUUAGCUUGUGCAUAUAUCUUCCCUAGUAUCACCUCAUAGAGUUUUGGUAAUUGAUUACUCGUAGUCUACAGGCUAAAUCUAAACUUGGAUCCCCAUUCAUAUUUCCUGCUUAGUGUCUGUGUAAGCCCUGUAAUAAGACCUGCUACAGCAAGCUCGUGGUCCUUCCUCCCUGUUUCUAGUUUCAUUUUACAGUUGACAUAUAACCCAUUGCUUGUCCUUUUAACAUUCUGCUGUUUGCAGCUGCUGUGUAACCGCUGUCCCUUUUUAACUGGGGGGGGGAGGGGGUGUGUGUGUGUGUGUGUAUAUGUAUGUAUAUAUAUAUAUGUAAUUAUUAUUAUUAUUUUUUUUUUUUUAGCCUAUGCGUACAGAUGUUUGACUGGUUUGAUUUUCAUGGUCACAUGUGCAUUUCCUUUGAGCUUCUCGGUCUCAGCACGUUUGACUUCUUGAAAGAAAACAGCUACUAUCCCUAUCCCAUCAACCAAGUGCGACACAUGGCGCUCCAGGUUUGCCACGCCGUGAAAUGUAAGUCUCCAUGCAGUGUUUUGUAUAAUGAAGGGUGGUGUAUUCCUUAGAUGCGUUUGCUCCCUAAACAGAUGGGUUCUCAGGAAGCAUUAAAUGCAAGUUAUACCUUUUUAAAACUAAUUACCAUUGUGCUUGUUUAUGUAGCACUAUGUGAUGUGUGUAUUUUUAUCUAAAAUGACAAAUACAUUAAACGCUCCUCUGACAUGCCUUGUGUUCUCUAGCUUAGUUCAACACUAGAUUAAUGAGAAAUAUUUCCAUUUGUACAAGUAAUCUUAGACACAGCAGCAAUUACCAGUUACUAGAAAUAUUUUUGUGUUGCGUUAACCAUUAAAGAAUUGUAGUUAAUUGCAUUUAUUUUUACCUUAGUUAAACUCUACAGUUGCUAAUUAAAACUUGUACUUUCUGCUUCCAAUCUAAACACACUUUUCUAGGUUAACUUUUUAUGUAUUUUAUUGUGCUGGCAAAAGGAUUUGAAGUUUCUUGCAAACAGUGCCCAAAACUGACUUAUCCACGAUGGCUUGAAAUCAUGUAUUCAGUUCUAACAAAACGGCUAAACCUUGUCAGUGCUAUUUUGGCACUUGAAAUAGGAUACAUGUUGUCCAAUAUGGCAUAAAUAUUCUUAGGACAUUUUUGGGUAGGUUUGGAGUGUAUCCAGCAGUACAUCCUGUUGAUAGAAUUUGAGAACUUACUGCAAUACUGUGUUUCGUAGAGUUGACACUGCUGCUAUGUUCUCAUAGCAAGCAUGUUGCAUAAAACUAGAGUACUGGAUGGGUAUGUGUUGGCUUUAGGCCCAACUCUUUUUGUGGGUGGAGCCGAGAAUGCAGCUUGUGACUUGGUUUUGGGAGGCUGGGAAACUUGGAGCUGGCAAUUUUUGUUUUUUAAAUUUGUUUAUGGUGUUUUGUGUGUGUGGUUUUUAUUUAUUUAAAAAUAUAUAUAUAUAUUUUUUUUCUUUUCUCUUCAGUUCUUCAUGACAAUAAACUUACUCAUACAGAUCUGAAACCAGAGAAUAUUUUGUUUGUGAAUUCUGACUUCGAACUCACCUAUAAUGUGGAGAAGGUGUGUUUAUCGUUUUUAUUGCUCGGGUUAUAAUGGCAUUUCUAAGUCUUCUCUUCCCUUCUCUAUUGAGAAUAGCCUGCAGAGAAGGCUGAAUCUCGUACUUUUAUCCAAGACAAGAUAGUUUGUUAAAUCUACACUUAAAAUGUUGAUGAUCCCUUUUUUAAAAUGUAUUUUUUUAAUAUAAUUACCUGAGUUCACACUUCAUGGUUAAAGUAGCCAACAUAACUAGAUUUGUAACCAUUAAAUGUGGUGUUCUACUGAUUUUAUUUUAUAUUUUUCCUAUUACCCACUGUAACUCCUGCUUCUCUUACAAAAAAAUUGAAUGAUGCUUGAGGUUUUUUCCUACCUUUGUUUUAAUAAUUAAGGCAUUGCCUAGGAUAAAUUAAAGUUCACAUCUGAAUUUGCAUAUUCCUUAUAGGACCUGACAAAGUGUGAAUAAACUAUAGUGUCAAUGUGUUUAACACCAUAUGUAAAUUUUAACAUGACUCACCGCCCUGCUGCAAUGGGUAAUUCUAACCACACGGGCCAAACAAACUGGGUAGAUUAUAGCUUGCUACCAUUUUCUGAUGCCUGUAUUUUCUUGGUCUCUCUGUGACCUCCAUAACACUAAGAAGAGAGAUGAAAGGUGUGUGAAAAAGACUGAAGUUAGAGUAGUGGAUUUUGGAAGUGCCACCUUUGACCAUGAGCAUCAUAGCACUAUUGUAUCGACACGACACUACAGAGCACCAGAGGUCAUCCUCGGUAAGAGCCCAGCUUCUAUGCAUGAAAGUUAAAAAAUCUAGACUGUCAUGUGACUAUAUCCCUUAAUGUCCUCCAAUAUAUUUCUAUCUAUUAGAGCUUGGGUGGAAUCAGCCUUGUGAUGUCUGGAGCAUCGGUUGCAUUAUCUUCGAGUAUUAUGUGGGAUUCACGCUUUUUCAGGUAAGAAUGGUUGUUAAAACUAAACAGAACUGUAAACCUUUCUAGCACAACUUGAAAUGUUUUACAUUUUCCUGACUUCAGUACAGUGGAUGACACCCUCUUUUUUUUUUUUACUUUUGAAAAGGCUGUCUGUCACUUGUGAGCAUGAUUGAAAUUGAUAUUCCUUUGUUUGCAGACACAUGAUAACAGAGAACAUUUAGCUAUGAUGGAGAGGAUUCUGGGUCCCAUCCCCUCAAGAAUGACUCGAAAGACUAGGUGAGUCCCUUCUGGUGUAAAACUUUUCCAUGUGCAGCAAGUGCUGGAAUAUCCUAUCUAUUCGAUAUGUCCGAUUAGCGGUGCUUGGUUAAAGAGAUUGUUGAUUGAAUCCUUUCAUCUGGUACAAGAGGCUCCAUGACGUUAGUGUCUACUUUAGAUGCUGCAAUGCUAGGGCUAUUUUUGUUUCAUUUUUAACUGUUCAUCGGAUGUAUUAUGGUGGUAGUCUAGUGAGACAUAUGUUCUAAACUUACAGAAAACAGAAAUAUUUUUACCAUGGCCGUCUGGACUGGGAUGAAAAUACGUCAGCAGGCCGAUACGUGAGGGAGAACUGCAAACCACUGAGGGUAAGUUAGCACUUUCUUUGCCAGUGUCUGUUGACUGUUAUGUUCUGUCCAACUUAGCACCCUUCUCCCUUUUGCAGAGAUACAUGAUGUCUGAAGCAGAGGAACACCACCAACUGUUUGAUCUGAUCGAGGGCAUGCUGGAAUAUGAACCCUCCAAGAGAAUUACAUUGGCAGAGUCUCUUAAACACCCGUUUUUUGACAUUCUAAAGGGUGAAUCUGCUCCAAAGCACUGGGACACUGGCCGUGACAUCAGCCGAUGAGGGCACAGUCACCCUGAGGGGAGGGUAUUCAAUGCACAUUUUAUGGGUGACUUUAUGCUUCAAACAUGGACUUACAUUCAGAAACAUGGUGCUUUCUCUCUUUCUUUAAACUGAAUGAACAUUUUGCUAUCUGGUAAAGCUGUUAAUAUGUGAAUUAAUUAUAUAUAUAUAUAUAUAUAUUCUGUAAAGGCGCAAGCGUGUCUGGCAGAAGCUGCCAUGUAAAUAAAACCACCUGGUUUCCCCGCGCGUUCCCUGGUGUGGAGGGGGACUGGCCUGUAAUUUAUAAUGUCAGUGUUGGGCAGGAGGAUUGCUUCCAUGCACCUUCCUAUGUUUUUAUAAUAUUUUGUACAGUGUUUGUGAGAAAUAAAUCCAUUAUGUUUGUAUGAGAUUCUGUGCACAAUACAUAUUAAGAGUGGUUUAACUAUGGUGACA